CCUUGAAUCAAGCAUCACUUUGCUUCCAAAUUGGCUUGUCAUUUUCUCUCGGCACUCGCUCUCUAGCUGUCGUGUCGCGGCCCUCCGAGCACGGACGAUCUAGCGAUGGACUGGCGCUGAUCUCGCGGAUUGUGCCAUCGCGGGACCGACUCUGCGCAUUUUGCCCAAAUUCCAGAAAAGCACGGAUCGGGAUACAAAAUAAGGGCUCCGAUCCCCCAUGGUACCGUAGACCCAUUGGGUAUAGAGCAGGAGAAUACUCGAUACAUCGCUUUCAUCCACACCGUGUGUAUUCGGGAGCCUCUAAAGGCGCAUCUGGAAGAUCAAGCAUCAGUGCCUCCUUUCUCUGCGUGUUGUAUUCAAACACGGACACAUUGUCACGGGAAUUAAGGACCGUUGUGAGAUCACACAGUCCGAUGGUGCUGAGCACAUCCGGAUCGGAUCAUUCAAGUGCUUUAUAAGAUGCGGUGCACGUGUCAGAGAGGAUCUCCAUGGCUGUAAGGUACGUGAGACGGAGCUUCUGUGAAUCAUUGCAGAGGUCAUCGGGGUCAUCGGUGGUCAUGUGGUCCACACGCCUACUUUUCCUCUUCGCCCUCUUCACGCCCGUCACGCUCGUGUUGAGUCGGGCCCCGGUGCAGAUGGCUGUGGUGCGUCGGGAGUUAUCGUGCGAGGGUUAUCCCAUCGAACUGCGCUGCCCGGGCACCGAUGUCAUUAUGAUCGAGAGCGCCAAUUAUGGGCGCACAGAUGACAAGAUCUGUGACUCGGACCCUGCUCAAAUGGAGAACACUCGCUGUUAUCUGCCCGAUGCCUACAAGAUAAUGGGUCUCAGGUGUAACAACAGAACUCAGUGUGCAGUCAUUGCUGGCCCUGAUGUUUUUCCUGAUCCAUGUCCUGGAACGUACAAAUAUCUUGAGGUUCAGUAUGAGUGUGUACCAUACAAAGUGGAGCAGAGAGUUUUUCUUUGUCCAGGUGUACUAAAAGGUGUUUACCAGAGUGAACACCUCUUUGAGUCGGACCACCAGUCAGGCUCAUGGUGUAAAGACCCCUUACAGUCAUCCAAUAAGAUUUACUAUAUGCCCUGGACACCAUACCGUACAGACACACUGACUGAGUACUCGUCAAAAGAGGACUUUAUUGCAGGUCGCCCCACCACGACAUACAAGCUACCCCAUCGGGUGGACGGCACGGGGUUUGUUGUGUUCGACGGCGCGCUCUUCUUUAACAAGGAACGUACACGCAACAUUGUCAAAUUCGACCUAAGAACUCGUAUCAAGAGCGGUGAGGCGAUCAUUGCCAAUGCCAACUACCAUGACACAUCUCCGUACCGUUGGGGUGGGAAAUCUGACAUCGAUUUGGCGGUGGAUGAAAACGGACUUUGGGUAAUUUACGCCACAGAGCAGAACAACGGACGGAUUGUGGUGAGCCAACUCAAUCCCUACACGCUCCGGGUAGAAGGAUCAUGGGAUACGUCGUACGAUAAACGAUCCGCCUCCAACGCUUUCAUGAUCUGCGGAAUCCUCUACGUGGUGAAGAGCGUUUACGAAGACGAUGAUAAUGAAGCACUGGGGAAUAAAAUCGAUUACAUGUACAACACUGAGAAGAGUCGUGAAACGCACUUAAGCAUUCCUUUCCCAAAUUCCUACCAGUAUAUUGCAGCUGUUGACUACAACCCCAGAGACAAUUUGCUCUACGUGUGGAACAAUUACCAUGUUGUCAUCUAUUCUCUCGACUUUGGAAACAAUGACAACAGGCUCGGCUUUGAUCCUCCUUCUUCAGUUUGGUUGCCUGAUGUACUUCCUCCAGUACGCAGCUCCACUCACCCUCCUCGCCCAUAUACGGGCACACUCCGCCCCUCUUUCACCACUACCACGACUACCACCAUGGCUCCGCCCCGCCGGCAUAACAUCCUCCCUGAAGUCCUGACACGGUCGCCUCCCUCCCUGCAGACUCCGCAGGUCACUGUUGACUAUUGCGCCCCACGUCUCACUGCUGAAAUCUCCUGGCCACGGACUCACCAGGGACAGGUUGCUAAGCAACCAUGCCCACCUGGCACCAUAGGUGUGGCAAUGUUUAACUGUUUGCUCGGCCACUGGGAUCCAAAGGGACCGGAUUUGAGCAACUGCACUUCGCCGUGGACCAAUCACAUCACUCAGAGAAUGAGAUCAGGAGAAACUGCUGCCAUAGUAGCGCGGGAAUUGGCCGAACAGACCAAGGGUGAGUUGCGACCGGGAGAUGUUCCAUCUACAGUCAAAGCUAUGGCACAGCUGGUGGAACUACUGGACGUCCAGCUGCGUAAUCUCACCCCAGGGGGAAAAGACACGGCAGCACGUAGUCUAAACAAGCUCCAGAAGAGAGAGAGGUCCUGUCGGUUCUUCAUACAGGCCAUGGUUGACACAGUGAAUAACCUGCUGCAGGAGCGAUCCCAGGCGGCGUGGAGGGAGCUGUCCGUGGCCGAGCAGCUGCGUUGUGCAACCAUGCUGUUAGACACGGUGGAGACAGGAGCUUUCAUGCUUGCAGACAACCUCCUCAAAACAGACACUAUACAGGAGAGCACAGACAACAUCCAGCUCGAGGUGGCGCGUCUAAGUACAGAUGGCAGUCUGGCUGAUCUGAGCUUUCCUCAAUCUGGACUUACCGGCAACUCCAUUCAUCUCUCCGCUAACACUCUCAAACAACAAGGACGCAAUGGUGAGAUUCGCAUGGCGCUGGUUCUCUAUAAUAACCUGGGCCAGUACCUGUCCACAGAGAAUGCUAGCGUCAGGUUGGGCAGUGAGGCGGCUUAUCCCAACUAUUCCCUGAUAGUCAACUCACCUGUCAUUACUGCAGCCAUUAAUAAAGACAGUAACAAGGUCUACCUAUCUGAACCUGUGGUCUUCACUGUCAAACACAUAAAGCAGUCAGGAGAGAACUUCAAUCCAAACUGCUCUUUCUGGAGUUACUCCAAACGCACCAUGACAGGCUACUGGUCCACUCAGGACUGCAGACUGCUGGGCACCAACCGCACACAUACAACCUGUUCCUGCACACACCUCACCAACUUUGCAGUGCUCAUGGCCCACGUGGAGUUCGAGAAGAGGAAUCCUGUGAACGAACUGCUGUUGGACGUCAUCACAUGGGUGGGGAUCCUGCUGUCUCUCGUCUGCCUGCUCAUCUGCAUCUUCACCUUCUGUUUCUUUCGCGGUCUCCAGAGCGACCGAAACACCAUCCACAAGAACCUCUGCAUCUCGCUGUUCAUCGCAGAAACGCUCUUUCUCACCGGGAUCAACCGCGCCGACCAGCCGAUCGUCUGCGCCGUGUUUGCAGCCCUCCUGCAUUUCUUCUUUUUGGCCGCCUUUACGUGGAUGUUUCUGGAAGGCGUGCAGUUGUACAUCAUGCUGGUGGAGGUGUUCGAGAGCGAGUACUCACGCACCAAGUACUUCUAUCUCACGGGAUACGGGGUACCGGCUGUUAUAGUGGCUGUGUCUGCUGCCGUGGACUAUCGGAGCUAUGGAACCGAAAGAGUGUGUUGGCUAAGGUUAGAUACAUACUUCAUCUGGAGUUUUAUUGGGCCUGCUACUCUCAUCAUCAUGCUCAAUGUUAUUUUCCUGGGUAUUGCGCUCUAUAAGAUGUUUCACCACACAGCGAUUCUCAAACCUGACUCUGGUUGCCUCGACAACAUCAAGUCCUGGGUUAUAGGUGCCAUAGCUUUGCUGUGUCUGCUGGGCUUGACCUGGGCAUUCGGGCUGAUGUAUAUCAACGAGAGCACAGUGAUCAUGGCAUAUCUAUUUACCAUCUUCAACUCACUCCAGGGAAUGUUCAUCUUCAUAUUCCACUGCAUCCUGCAGAAGAAGGUGCGUAAGGAAUAUGGCCGCUGUCUCCGCACACACUGUUGCAGUGGGAAGAGUGUGGAAUCGACUAUCUCUACUUCAACUAAGACCAGCACAGCCCGCACACCCGGACGCUACUCCACAAACUCACAGAGUCGUAUUCGCAGGAUGUGGAACGACACCGUCAGGAAGCAGUCGGAGUCGUCUUUCAUCACGGCUGAUAUGAACAGCUCAGCGACUCUCAACAGAGGUACCAUGGCUAACCAUCUCAUCUCCAAUGCUCUGUUACGUCCUCAUGGCACUAAUCCUUAUAACACGCUGCUGGGAGAGUCUGCCGUGUACAAUAACCCUACUGCCAACAUGUUCAACACACAAGCCUCCUACAGAGAUUCAAAGGGCAUACUAAACAACGCGCGAGACUCCAGCGUCAUGGAUACGCUGCCGCUCAACGGUAACCACGGCAACAGCUACGGUGUGGCGGCAGGUGAUUACCUCACCUACAGUUCCCGAGGCAGCGAGCCGCCAACUACGCUUGAGAAAAAGAUCUUGAAAGAGCUGACAGCCAACUACGCCCCAUCGUACCUAAACACUCAGGAGCGGCAGGGAAAGGCUCAUCAGGGGACCCUGACCAAUAAACUAAACAACCACAUGGCCAACGGAGGGGUCGCGGGGUCAUCUUCCAUCGCGAAGGAUGACGUCAUGGUGCUCGAUAACCCCGGAGCGUUUCACAGGCACGACGACGGGGGCGGGUUAACCCUAGAGCUGAUUAGGGAGGAGUCCCAAGCGCCGCUCCUCCCACCGAGGCCGCCCCCUCCGGAAAACCACGCCCCCAUGCACACGUUCUCAGCCCACCGGCGCCUGCCACAGGAGAACAGCGAGAGCUUCUUCCCGCUGCUGCCCAACGACACGCACUCGUCGCACACGCACGCUCCCCGCGCGCACACGCACUCACCUCUCAGAGACUCGCUCUAUACCAGCAUGCCCACUCUUACUGACCUUCCGCACGGCACCGACGACCUCAUCAACGGUCUCCAUGACGACGAAGAUGAUGAGGAUGACGACGUCGAAGAGGAAGAGGGGAACGAGCUGCACCUGGCGAACGGCAAAGGGGUCGUCAUGGAGUCGGAUGACGUGUACUAUAAGAGCAUGCCGAACCUGGGCUCCAGGAACCACAUACAGGAACUGGAGAGCUAUUAUCAAAUGGGUCGGGGCGGUAGCGACGGGUUCAUCGCCCCACCCGAGAAAGAAGACUCGUCGCCCGAAGAACAGCCACCAGACCCUUCACAGCUGGUCACCAGCCUAUAGACACUGACAUACACGCACACACAUUCUCGCCUAGUGUGUGUGAGUGUGUGACACAAUGCACAAGGCAUGGGAUACACUACCUACUGCACUGAUAGAUCCCUAGAAAGACUUAUUCCAGAUAGCCCUCGAUUCCGUAAAUACAAGUAUCCUGUACCGAUCCACACCAAAAUCCUGUUCCAGUUAGAGUCAGUAACUUGUUCCUACGCUCCAACAAGGACUAGGCAUCGCGUAGGCAGGUCUCGUGGACAUUUUCUUGUGAAUCUCCUUGGAAACUGAUCUGUUGAAUAAAACUAUUGCGGAUUUUAUUCGCAGGCGUGACACGCUAGUCAAUUAGGAGACGUGGAUUUAAGUCAGACAAACUUUUCUUCCCUGGAUCAUUUGCAUAGAUCUCCUUAACAUCCCGAAAGGCCUCUGCGAAGCCCGUCAUCCGAUGGCUGUCUGAUUCUCCCCAAAGCCCACAAUGGAUUACUGUAAUGUGUGGAGAGCGUGUAAACAGAUUGGGGAAAACUGGCUGCCGUUCUAGAUGACCAUGUAUGAUAAUGAGACCACCAACCCUGACUCUGAACUCUUCUAUUGUAUUGAACUGCAUUACCCACAAUUCUCUAGACUUCUGUAUGGUUCUCUGCUACACAUUCCUUAUCGUUUAGCACCGAUCUUGUUUCCGAGCGUGAAAUUGAAAGGACGAAUCUAAAGGACCGAGGACACAUCGGUUUUCUUACGUUUAUUUUUUAGUAACAAUCUCAGUUAUUGCAAGGUCAUUUUCACCUAUUACAAAGAAAUGGAACAAAUGUCAAUGCAAAAUGUACAGAUCCCUGAUAUUGCAUAUGGUCGUAUGCGUUUCAUGUUUUUGACAUCUUUUGCCCCUUGUAUGUGUUUUGUAGACUAGACCAAUCCCAUAACGCUGUGCUGGUCCUUCGAAAUACUGUCCCUUCUUAUCACGCAGCACACAUAUCUACAUAUACGCACACACAAUCUUCUUUAUAGCCAGAAAUACUCUUGUUUAGAAAGAUGGCCAUCGCUUUCUCUUUUCCCAAAUGCAACAUUUUGUCAUUCUAAUUUUCACUGUGUUGAUUAUAUCCAAGAGACUCUGGGGAACUGACUGUUGUGUGAUUGACAUAUAUUGCAGAUGGGAUCCCAUCACCUGUCAAAUAUGCUGGAAAGUUGCAAUGUCGUGAGCAUUCGAGAGCGUUUACCCUUGAACACGUCACCUUUUAAUGGCUAAGAACAAACAUCUUCCUUUGAAGCAAGUGUAGAAAUUCCAGCUUAUUGGAAUGAUAUAAACCUUAUAAACUAGACAAAAAUGUUCUCAGGCUAAAAUUUUGUCUUGUACUUAAACAGGAUUGCACAAAGAAAAUCUGUUUAGCCAGUUUAGUCAAGGUGGGUAAGAAAAGCUAAUGGGAUUUGUUUGGAAACAGUUGACCUGGUCCAAGCCCAGUUGGAUUAAAGUAAAAAUGUGCAGACAUUUAAAAUCAUGCACCUUGUAAAGGAGCAGAUUGUGCGUAUGACCUUAAACUGAGUGGUUUUGAAGAUGGCAGCAACCUUAAAAAGGUCGGCUUCUUAAAAACUACUGUUUACUCAUUCUUAUACCGAUAUUCCCUCUGUAGCUUGCACAUCUUUUUCUUGUUAACCCAACCUGAGAAAACUGACUGCAUAUUUAUUCCUGUGAUUUUUAUUUUAUUUGAUCAUUUUUUUAACAGAUCAGAUACGUAGGACCUUAGAGGAGGCUGGAAAAAGAAUCAGAUCGGCACUGAGACCUUUUUUAUUGUUACUAUCAUCAAUAUUAUUAUUACAAUGUCAAUGAAAUUAUUAUUUAUUCUUUUCAUAUGCAUUCUAAACUGAAUGAACUCAUAACUAAUAUUUGUUGUAACAGUGAAAGUUGUUUGCCAACAAAUAAAAUGACUGAAUUAAUAUUUACAGUA